CGGAGAGGGGCGUGGCACUCCUCCGGCCCGCCCCCCGUGCGUAGUUCCGGUGAGGCCGGAGGCCGGAAGUGGAGGGCGGGGCGGCGCGGGGGCUGCUGGGCGGUGUCUCCAGGCGGAAGCGGAGGGAGCCGCGAGCGGAGCAGAGUCUGUCUCUGCAGGUGGUGAGCAAUGACAGAUAUGCAAAGCCUGGUUGAGCGGUUGGAGAAGGCUGUGGGUCGCUUGGAAGCUGUGUCCCAAAGCCCUGGCAUGUAUGGAGAUGGCCCUUCCAAAGGAAUAGCUGAGUAUGUGCAAGCUUUCGACACUCUCCUGGCUGGUCCAGUAGCAGAAUAUAUGAAGAUCAGCAAAGAUAUUGGUGGUGACGUUCAGAAACACGCUGAAAUGGUCCAUACAGGCCUGACGACUGAGAGGGUUCUCCUGGUGACAGCAUCACAAUAUCAGCAGCCAUCAGGGAAUAACUUCUCAACGCUACUGAAACCCAUUUCAGAGCAAAUCCAGGUGGUGCAGAACUUCCGGGAGAAAAAUCGUGGCAGCAAACUGUUCAAUCACCUAUCAGCUGUCAGUGAGAGCAUCCCGGCACUGGGCUGGAUGGCUAUGGCCCCAAAGCCUGGCCCCUACGUGAAGGAAAUGACAGAUGCGGCCAUGUUUUACACCAACCGGAUCCUCAAGGAAUACAAGGAUGUAGAUAAGAAACAUGUGGACUGGGUGAAAGCUUAUCUGAGUAUCUGGGCAGAGCUGCAGACAUACAUCAAAGAGUAUCACACCACUGGGCUGACCUGGAGCAAAACGGGUCCUAUAGCAAAAGAGGUGGGCAAUGCACCUGCAGCACCCCCAGCCGGUGCUGCUCCUCCACCACCUGGUCCUCCCCCGCCUCCUGCUCCAGGCCCCACAAACUCCGGUUCAGAUGACUCUGUUUCCCGCUCAGCGCUGUUUGCCCAGAUCAAUCAGGGAGAAGGCAUUACCUCUGCCCUGAAACAUGUUUCAGAUGAUAUGAAGACUCACAAGAACCCAGGGUUGAAGAAUCAAGGUGGCCCUGUCCGAACAGGACCCAAACCAUUCACCGCUCCCAAACCCGCCUGUGCAGCUAACCCACCCAAAAAAUCACCCCCAAAGAAGGCACCGGCAAUGCUAGAGCUGGAGGGCAAGAAGUGGAGAGUGGAAAACCAGGAGAAGGCCUCCAACCUGGUGAUCAGUGACACAGAGCUGAAGCAGGUAGCAUAUAUUUACAACUGCACGGACAGUACACUUCAAGUCAAGGGCAAAAUCAAUUCCAUCACUGUGGAUAACUGUAAGAAGCUAGGUCUGGUGUUUGAUGAUGUGGUGGGCAUCGUGGAGAUCAUAAACUGCAGGGACAUUAAAGUUCAGGUAAUGGGUAAAGUGCCAACAAUUUCCAUCAACAAGACAGAUGGAUGCCACGUGUAUCUGAGCAAGAGCUCCCUAGACUGUGAGAUUGUCAGUGCCAAGUCUUCAGAGAUGAACGUCCUCAUCCCCACAGAGAGUGGUGACUUUAACGAGUUCCCUAUCCCUGAACAGUUCAAGUCCCUGUGGAAUGGGCAGAAGCUGGUUACCAGCGUGACGGAAAUUGCUGGCUAAGCAGAAUGGCAUUGGGACUUGUGCCUCCCCUUGCCCUGGCUGUGGGACAAAUCUGCUUUCAGAUGAUUCUCUUAGAUUUCCUGUACCUUUCUGCUCUCAAACUGCUUCUCUGUCUUCUACCUGAGAGACACAGCUACCUGCCUUCACUGAAAUACCUCGGGCUGGGAUUUGGUGUAGGGUGGCGGGUCAGUUGAUCUUCUGCAUCUAUCAGCAGGAAGGUGCAUCAUCCCCCUCUUGUCAGAUCUAACCUCACCAAUCAAUCGCGUCUGACUUCUGGCAAACUUCAGAGCCAGGAUGGGUGGUUGGCUUUCAGAUUGUUCCAUGGGUUUGGUAUUGUGUUAUCUUCAGACAAAUUGUUCAUGUGAGAAAGGAAUGUUGUCCCUCUUUGAAUUGACCUAAUGGUGUCCUUAUCAGGGUCCAUAGUUCCCAGCUUGGUAAGUUGAGCUGGCAGGUGUGUUUCAGGAAGGUACUGGGAGCUGCUACUAACUCAGCUAUGUGUACUAAUCAGUCAGUGGCAUUACAAGAUGUGGGGAAUGGCUUUGCUGGACCAAAGGCUGAGGACUGGGCGUGUAGCAUUCCACCUUGUUUCCCUUUCAACGCUCCUAUUUGCUCCGUGUAAUUCUCUUUGUGCCAUGAUGGGGAGCUUUGCAGUAAACAGGUGCCACGGAAGACUGCAUUGGAGUAAAUGAUCUACUCUGCUGUCUGUCCAGGGUUAGAAGCUGAAGUGUCCACUUCCCUAUGAGCCCUUCUCCAAAAGGGAUCUUCACCCAAGGGGUUCCUUCUAAGCAGCUGAACUCAAGUUCAGUCUUCCAAGACAGUUCUUCUGAACCUGUCUCUCCUUCCUAGCGAGGGAUGCUUCUUCAUUCCAAAUUCAGUAUUUGUUUUGUAAACAAGAGUUCGACUAAGUCAGUCCCAUUGUUCAUUCUCACUCAUGCUUAGUUACUAUAGAAUGUGAAACUGUUCUCAGCCUCUCCCCUUUCCCCUGUUGCUUGGCUCUUUACUCUGCUGGAGGCUUGCAGCCUCUUUUCCAGGGCCUGCAUUGACCCAUAAAGGGAGCUGUACAUGCUUGACCUUCAUGUUUCCUUGUCUCUGGUGACAUCUGCAUAUCUGACUGCAUUUCCUCUGUACGUUGUCAAUGGUUUUUUCUCUAGGAUGAAACUCACAAAAUAUGCAAAUUUUUUUUUUAUUUUGAGACUGUCCUGUAACUUGUACUCAUCUUCUCCUGAGGCUUGUGGGGAAAAAACUUUUCUUAUGUACUUAAAAUUAUAUGGAAGAUAGAAUAAAGUUCAUGCCAACCUGCUCA